AUGACGGCAACUGGAGAUGAAAUUGCCAUAGUGGGGAUAGGAUGCAAUUUUCCCGGAGGUGAAGGAAUCGAGAAUUUCUGGCAAGUACUAGUGGAAGGAAGAAACUGUACCGUAGAAAUAACCCCAGAAAGAUUCAAUACCACAGAAUGGUAUGAUCCAGAUGAUACCAAACCAGGAAAAAUAUGUACGACACGAGCUGCACUUAUUGAUGGAUUUAACACAUUUGACAACAAGCUGUUUGGAAUUAAUGAUAUGGAAGCUGAGCGCAUGGAUCCUCAACAAAAGUUACUCCUGGAAUGCACAUACAGAGCACUGGAGGAUGCAGGAGUCACGAUGGAACGUGUCAGUGGCAGCAAAACAGGGGUUUUUGUUGGUCUUAUGAACCGAGACUAUGAGAUCAUCACAAGCAGAGCAGUAACUGAAAUAAACCAUUAUGAUGGGACUGGGCUAGCAGUAAGCAUAGCUGCUAACAGACUUUCAUACACUUUUAAUCUGACUGGACCAUCACUUUCCAUCGAUACUGCCUGCUCAUCAUUUCUUUUUGCUUUGCAUUAUGCCUCGCAAGCAGUUAAACAAGGAGAUUGUGAAGCAGCUCUGUGUGGAGGAGUGAACUGCAUUAUAGAUCCCCGCACCUUCGUAUCUCUGAGUAAAGCAAAAAUGAUCUCUCCUGAGGGGAUGAGUAUGCCCUUUACUAAAAAGGCAAAUGGUUAUGGAAGGGGAGAAGGCUGCGGUGUUCUUUUACUGAAGCCACUAAAAAAGGCACUAGAAGACCACAGCAGAAUAUGGGGAGUUAUAAACAUCAGUGCAGUCAAUCAGAAUGGUAGAUCCGUGACUCCAAUCACAAGACCAUCUCAGACAGCACAGGAAAAAUUACUACGCAGCAUUUAUCUGACUCAUGUUGACCCAUCAGUUGUGCAGUAUGUUGAAGCACAUGGCACAGGAACUCCUGCUGGAGAUUCUACAGAAGCAGAGAACCUAGGUAGCAUCAUUGGUAAUAACAGAUCUCCUACAAUGCCUGUUCUAAAGAUUGGUUCUGUUAAAGGGAAUGUUGGCCAUGCUGAAUCAGCUGCUGGGGCAGCUGCAUUAAUUAAAGUUCUUUUAAUGAUGCACCAUGAAACGAUUGUUCCAUCUUUGCAUUACAGAGAGGAUAUUAGUAGCAUAAAUACAGAGAAAUUAAAUCUAUCAAUUCCAACGACUGUAGAAAAAUGGGAAGAGUCGAGAGAAUUUGGAAGAGUAGCUGGUGUCAACUGUUUUGGAUUUGGGGGAACCAAUGCCCAUGUUGUUGUCAGACAGUUCAAGCAAACACAGGUUCUUCCCUCUUUUAAACGACCGAUUGAAUUAUUUGUACUCUCUGCGGCUUCAGGCAAAUCCCUCAAAUUGACAAUGGAAGACACAGCGGAGCAGUUAAACAUAAGCAACUCAGUAACUCUCCCAAAUCUGGCCUAUACAUCUGCCUGUAGAAGAAGCCAUGUAAAUUACAAGUACAGAAAAGCAUUUGUUAAUGGAUUCUCUCUGAGGAUAUCCCAGCGGCACCCUGUAGUUUCAGACUUUGGAGGAAUCGCAAUAUGCCGUCAAAGUAUUUUCACAGGAGUAGGUACAGGCGAAGGUUACCGGAGGCAGAAUGUGGUAGUGCAGAAUGAGUACUUUGAAAGUACAAACACUGCCACGACCUCCUAUUUCACCUGCAAAUCUAUCCCACUGGCUGUGCUGAAAGGGGAUGUGGAGACCAACAGGAUUUCAGACAUACCAGUAUAUGAAGCAGAGAAGAAAAUGUUUAAGCAGAAUGCGGUUUACAUAGUGGCAGGGGGGCUCACUGGGCUUGGAUUUGAAACUGUGAAAUUUAUAGCCCAGAAUGGAGGGGGCUGUAUUGCAAUACUUUCAAGGAGCAAUCCAAGCAGUGAGAAACAAGAAGAAAUCAAGGCUUUGCAAAAUCAGAGUGAAGGGAGCAGAAUAGUCAGUUUGCAGUGUAAUGUUAUUUCUAGCUCUCAGGUUGAGAAAGCUAUGAGUUCAAUUGACAAAAUCUUUCCAAAGAGCCCAAUCAAAGGUGUAUUCCAUAGUGCUGUGGUUUUGCAUGAUGGAUGUCUUGAAGCUCUGAACUUAUCUCACUUUGAGAAAGUGUUAAGUCCCAAAGUUGCAGGGGUAAUAAAUCUCCACCGGGCUACCAGAGGGCAGGAACUCGACUAUUUUGUGUGUUACUCCUCUGUGACUUCAUUUCUUGGAAAUUCAACACAAGCAAACUAUGCUGCUGCUAAUUCUUUCCUGGAUGUUUUCUGCCACUACAGGAGGAAUUGUGGACUUUCAGGACAAUCCAUUAAUUGGGGUGCCUUGAAUCUUGGCUUAUUGGUAAAUCAAAACAAGAUUCAAAAUAUUUUGGAAUCCAAAGGCAUAGAUAUUCUGCAGGUACAUGAAAUUUAUGAAUAUCUUAAAAAAAUUUUAAUUCUGAAUAAUCCUCAGCAAGCUGUAGUAAAAUUAAAUUUUGGAACGCUAAGCAAUCAUGUUCUUUCUCGAAUAGCAUCACUCAAAAGUCGCUUCCGUACACUCAUUUCAGAAGAAUUCGGCAGCAAGCUCGAGCUAUCUGAACAAGGAACCCCUCAGAAUUUAUCUCCAGUCAAUUCUGAAGAUUAUAUCACCUCUCUGGUGAGUCAUCUUAGUAGUACAAAUGUGAGUGAUCUUACAAUGAACACAUCACUUGCAUCACUGGGCAUGGACUCUAUGUUAGCCAUGACGCUACAGAAUCGUAUCUUUCAUGAUAGAAGGGUGGAGAUCCCCCUUGUGAAACUACUUGAUCCUCACACAACUAUGUCAAGUUUAGUACGACUUUUAGAAGAAAGUUCUAAUGAACGUGGGUCACUUGAGAAAACAACUCAUGUAGCAGAAAGUAUUGAUGAUGGAAGCUGGUUAUAG